CCACAUUCCCAGUGAAUAGUGAAAAGUUCCAGAAAACCAGCUCCAGCCAACUGAAUCAUUGCUGUCUAGACGGAAUAGUCAGAAAAAACCACGAAAUCCCCAUCCAAGAGGCCAAAGUAAUUGAUUAAUAACCCACCAAGUAUGGAGAAAAUCUGGAAGAAAGUGUGCGAGCACCAUGAUGUCCCGGAGCAGGUGGCCAAUGAGUGGUUCGCCCGCAUCCAGCAGCAUUUGAGCUCUGAGGAUCCGUCUCGCGCCUACCACAACUGGCAGGAGAUGAUGCAGCGCAAGUUGCCGCAUCUGGCUGGCGUGGCCAAUCCCAAUAUCGUGCUGGCCGCCUUUUUCCAGUACUAUCACUUCGAUGGCAACCGCAGCUGUGCCGAGCAGAACUGCGAGGUCUUCGAGGAGUUUUGCCAAGAUGCUGUCAUCGAGGAUGAUCACGCCAAGAGUCUGGUGUGCAAUUUGCUGGGGCGCAAGACCCCGGAGAACCAGUUGACCUGGUGCCAUGACGACGAGGCCAACUUGCUUCAAGAUGUGGAUCUGGUGGUGCUUGCUGCCUCGCCUGAGGAAUACAAGCACUAUACUACUCUACUCCGCUCGGAGUACGCCAAUCUGGAUGAUGCCACCUAUAAGGCCAUGCGCAUCAAGGUGCUGGAGACCCUAUUGAUGAUACCCUCCAUCUAUGCCACCGGGGAGUACCAUGACAAGUACGAGGAGCUGGCCCGCGCCAACAUACGCAGCGAGAUCAACGAGCUGAAGAAGCAGUAAACCAGAGUCGGGGAGUCAGAAGGAUCGGGAUACGUAGGGGCUGCUUUGUUUACUGCUAUUGAGUUGUGUACUUACCGGCCGUUUUACCUCGUUUGACUGCAAGGCACUCGUGUAUUGAAGAGCUAACUUCUCUGCCGAGCCUCUACUUAAUUUUACUCCUAAGUCAUGUGUAAUCAAAAUCAUUUUCCUAGUUAGUGUGUACGCCUAGAUAUAUAUGUACGUAAGCCCUGUAGACUCCAGCUCAUAAUAAACUUGAUGUAAAUGAUGUACCAAA